CCACAUCAAUUAUCUUUCGGUGACGUUUCACACUCUAGACCUCCCCCCAACCUCACCCUAAUUUAUUUUUCUAUUCGGUAGUUCGUUCUCCAGUCAUAGAUUUUAUUGGACAACGCGCGGACUAAAAUCAGACAUAAAUUAAAAAAAGUUCAAUUAGCUAAUUCUUGAAGAGAUUAUUCGGGUCUUCAUUGGCCCUGCCGUGUGGGUGUAAGAAAUACUCAUGUACAUUCUGUGAGGGCAGGCUCUUCAUUACUGGAAAAAUACACCCGGUAAGUCUCGUGGUUAGGCGAGUGCAGUGUGGCAUUGGGGGAGCAGGAGAAUGGGGAGAAUACGUAUUUGUUCUUUGGGGGCUAUUGUACUCGGUGUGUUUAUGGUUAUCGGGGCCCUCGGGGAAAGUCAUACUCAUGAUCAAGAUGCCAGUGAUGAUGAGGUCAUCCAGAAGCCCGUUUACAAGAGCCCAACUGUGUCUGGGUUUGCUUACUUAGCUGAGCAUUUUGAUGAUAGGGAGAGAUUCAGGACUGCUUGGGUGCAGUCGCUGGCUAAGAAGGAGGAGAUCGAUGAAGACAUUGCCAAAUAUGAUGGUAUUUGGGCGGUCGAGGAGCCAACCAGAAGUGUUCAGGAAAGCGAUUUGGGUCUGGUAUUGAAGAGCAAAGCUCGUCAUGCAGCGAUAGCGUCCCUCCUCAACAAGCCCUUCAAGUUUGAGGAUAAGCCGCUGGUGGUCCAGUACGAGGUUAAUUUCCAGGAGGGCCAGGAGUGUGGAGGUGCUUACCUGAAACUGCUGACACAGGAGGAGAGCUCCCUGGAUCUGUCCAAGUUCCAUGACAAGACUCCCUACACAAUCAUGUUCGGCCCGGACAAGUGCGGCACUGACCACAAGCUCCACUUCAUCUUUCAGCAUAAAAAUCCCGUCAACGGCACCAUCGAGGAGAAACACAGCAAAAAACCCAAGGAGCGCCUCGAAGACUACUUCAAGGACAAAGCCCCUCACCUCUUCACUCUGAUCGUCAAACCUGACAAUUCUUUCCAAGUCAAAGUUGAUGGCAAAAUCGUCAAUGACGGUUCUCUCUUGGACGACUUCACGCCGCCAGUGAAUCCCCCGCUGGAGAUUGAGGAUCCAAAUGACAUUCAACCCGAGGACUGGGACGACAGGGAGAAAAUUCCGGAUCCCACGGCUGUAAAACCAGAGGACUGGGACGAGGAUGCACCGGCGCACAUCGUCGACGAGGACGACGUUGUACCGGAGGACUGGCUCGAGAGCGAACCACCAACUAUUCCAAAUCCUGAUUCAGUUAAACCUGAAGACUGGGACGUGGAGAUGGAUGGCGAGUGGGAACCACCGGAGAUACCCAAUCCCAAGUGCGAGGGGGUGUCUGGUUGUGGGGUUUAUAAACAAAAAAUGAAGAAAAAUCCGAGGUACAAGGGCAAGUGGCUUCCUCCUCUCAUCAAUAAUCCUAAUUACAAAGGAAAGUGGAAGCCCAGACUCAUUCAUAAUCCCGAGUAUUUCAAUGAUCAACAGCCGUUUAAGAUGAUGCCAAUUGGCGCUGUUGGUUUUGAACUCUGGUCAAUGUCCCCCGACAUUCUCUUCGAUAAUAUCAUCAUCACUGACGACGAAGAUGUUGCAAAACAGUGGGCUGAUGAUACGUUCGAGAUUAGACGAAGAAAAAUCGCUCAGGAAGGCGCGACAUUGUGGGGGCGAAUGAUGAAAUCCAUGAACUAUAAGCCUGGUUGGUGGGCAGUUUAUUUCAUCUACUGCGCUGUACCAAUCGUCAUUUACAUUUCGUACCUCUUCAGAAGAUCUCGCGAGGAUUCGUCCGACGAUGAGAAGGAUCCACUAGCCCCCAACGACGAGACCAAGUACUCCACCCCCGGUGGUAGUGUCAACCCCGAGGACGAAGUACCUCACCUCGCUCGCCCUGAGGAACCUCUCAAUGAUAAUACUGAGAAUGAGGAAGAGACUGAUGAAAUAAUAGCGAGUGAAAAGGACGACGAAGGAGGAAGUGGCGAUGGACCUCGCCGGAGAAAGCCAAAUAAAGAGUGAAGAGUAGAACGAAGAACUAGGGAAAAAAAAUUGCAUUAUCUGUACCAUAAGUCACAUUCCACCGUAAGCCCACUGGAACAAAUAAGGUUAAACAUUUGUUACUGCAUUUACGUAACUGUAAAACAUGUUCAAACUCGCCAUUACUCCUCUGCAUGCCAUGCAAUUAUUGUCUCCUUCAUUAUCCUGAAUUUGCAUAAUUAUUAUAUUUCAUCGAGUCACUUAUUUAUGUUCGUAUUAGUUACGGUUAACAAUUAUCGGUGGUGAUAAUUAAUUGGUUAUACUAAUUUCUCUUACUAUUCGUGUUUUUCGUGGCACUGAUGACCAAGUAUCACACAUAUACAUAUGUACACCAUAGAUAUAUUAAUGGUAAAAUUACGGAUACGAGUUGUACAAUUGUGCUUGCCCCCCUCUUGUUUAUUUUAAAGUAGUUGAUGCACUUGUGUCUUACUUUUCCAUCAUUUUUCUCGACAGAGAAGGAGAUUUUUGAGAUUUGAUAAUGUGAAGUGAAAUAUUUCUCUGCAGAGCAUUACUUCGUCAUGAUUGUUGAUUUUUUAUGAAUAAAUCACGAUUUGAAAGACA